CCAAAGACGAGUAAAGUCCACUCAAGUUAUAUGAUCCAAAGACUUUCACUGCUUCAACUUUAUGUUUGUGACUCGUGAAGAUCAACACGUAGAGCGACAGAGACUACUUAAGACCGGCUGCUGUGGGUGUGUGUUCAGUGUGUGUUCAGUGUGUGUUCAGUGUGUGUUCAGUGUGUGGCUCUGAGAGAACCAUGUCGUCGUUGUUUCAGGUCUUUGGUAAAAACGGAUCUGAAACUCCAGAGCCGGUGAAAGCUCAGGUGGAAGGCUCCAUCCCAUCAUGGCUGCAGGGCACUCUGCUGAGGAACGGGCCCGGGCUGUUCUCUGUGGGAAACUCUGAGUAUAACCACUGGUUUGACGGCAUGUCACUUAUCCACAGCUUCACCUUCAUUAACGGUGAGGUGACUUACAGAAGUAAGUUUCUGAAGAGCAACACGUACAAGAGGAACGUGACGGCAGACAGGAUUGUCGUCUCCGAGUUUGGAACGAUGAUCUACCCAGAUCCCUGCAAGAACAUAUUUUCCAGGGCGUUCACACACCUCUCCAAUGUCAUCCCUGACUUCACUGACAACAACUUGAUUAACAUCAUCCGCUACGGCCAGGACUACUACGCCUCCUCUGAGGUCAACUACAUGAACCAGAUCGAUCCUGCUACUCUGGAAACCGUUGGCAGGAUUAACUACAGGAACCACAUCGCCUUAAACCUUGCCACGGCCCACCCUCACUACGACGACGAGGGCAACACCUACAACAUGGGGACCGCCAUCAUGGGCUUCGGUCGGCCAAAGUACGUCAUCUUCAAGGUGCCAGCUGAUGCUUCAGAUAAAGAGCAGAACAAGCCAGCGCUGAGGAAAGUCCAGCAGGUCGCUUCGAUUCCGUUUCGUUCCACUCUCUUCCCCAGCUACUUCCACAGCUUCGGGAUGACUGAAAACUACAUCGUGUUCGUGGAGCAGCCCUUCAAACUGGACAUCCCGAGACUGGCCACCGCGUACUUCAGAGGGGUCAACUGGGGGAGCUGCCUCAAAUACGACAAGAACGACACGACCUUAUUCCACGUCGUCAACAGAAAGACAGGAAAGGCCGUGUCCACUCGUUUCUAUGGCGACGCCUUUGUGGUUUUCCACCACAUCAACGCGUACGAAGACGACGGUCACGUUGUGUUUGACCUGAUCACCUACAAGGACAGUAACCUGUACGACAUGUUCUACAUCCAGAACAUGAGGCAGUCGGCCGAGAACUUCGUCGAGGCUAACAAGAAAUUCAGCCCGCCAAUCUGCAAGAGGUUCGUGCUGCCGCUCAACGUCCAGCAGGAUUCUCCCAGAAGAACAAACUUGGUGACUCUGAAGGAUACGACGGCUAAGGCAGUGGUUCAGGACAACGGCUCCGUCUACUGCCAGCCUGACACUCUGUUUGAAGGUCUCGAGCUGCCCGGGAUCAACUAUAAGUUCAACACCAAGAGUUACAGAUACUUCUACGGCUCCAGGGUGGAGUUUUCUCCUCAUCCCAACAAGAUCGCCAAGUUUGACAUCUUCACCAGGACAUACACUCUGUGGCAGCAGGAGAACUGCUUCCCUUCAGAGCCUGUGUUUGUGGCGUCUCCUGGAGCCGUUGAGGAGGACGAUGGGGUGAUUUUAACGUCCGUCAUCUCUCCAGAUCCAAAGAUCUCUCCGUUCAUGCUCGUGCUCAACGCCAAAACCAUGGAGGAGAUUGCCAGAGCCUCCAUCCCCGCCAGCGUCCACAUGGACCUGCACGGAUAUUUCAUCCCCGGCUAAAAAAACCUUAUGAGAAGAACUCAAAUUACUCUCUAAAAGGAGCAGUGUAACUUUGUAUCUUUUAAAAUGGGUACCACAGUCCAAAUUGAAAACAUCAUCGAGAGCUGUCUCCCCCCCCCCCCUCCUCUCUAGAGUCGAUGCUCAUGCAGGUCACCAUGUGGUGGACUCUGAAGCUUCAG